AUGAGCGACAACAGGAACAUCGUCCGCCGGAAGCUGACGGGCUACGUUGGCUUUGCCAACCUGCCCAAUCAGUGGCACCGCAAGAGCGUCCGCAAGGGCUUCAACUUCAACGUCAUGGUUGUCGGUGAAUCCGGCCUGGGCAAGUCGACUCUCGUCAACACACUCUUUAACACUUCGCUUUACCCCCCGAAGGAGCGCAAGGAGCCCAGCCUGGACAUCAUCCCGAAGACAGUUACUAUCCAGUCUAUCAGCGCAGAUAUUGAGGAGGCGGGCGUGCGUCUGCGGUUGACCGUGGUUGAUACCCCUGGCUUUGGCGACUUUGUCAACAAUGACGAGUCUUGGCGGCCUAUUGUCGACAACAUUGAGCAGCGGUUCGAUGCUUACCUAGAUGCCGAGAACAAGGUCAACCGCAUGAACAUUGUCGACAACCGCAUCCACGCGUGCGUCUUCUUCAUCCAGCCGACUGGCCACUCCCUGAAGCCCCUGGAUAUCGAGGUCAUGAAGCGCCUGCACACCAAGGUCAACUUGAUCCCAGUCAUCGCCAAGGCUGAUACCCUCACUGAUGAGGAGGUUGCUGCCUUCAAGGCUAGAAUUCUUGCGGACAUCAAGUACCACAAGGUUCAGAUCUUUGAGGGGCCGCGGUACGAGCUCGAUGACGAGGAGACGAUCGCCGAAAACAACGAGAUCAUGUCCAAGGUCCCCUUCGCCGUUGUUGGCGCUAACAACGAGGUCACCAACGCCGACGGGCGCAAGGUCCGCGGCCGUAGCUAUCCUUGGGGUGUCAUCGAAGUGGACAACGAGGAGCACUGCGAUUUUGUCAAGCUCCGCCAGAUGCUCAUCCGCACCCACAUGGAGGAGCUCAAGGAGCACACCAAUAACACCCUCUACGAGAACUACCGGACGGACAAGUUGAUCGCUAUGGGCGUCUCGCAAGACCCGAGCGUUUUCAAGGAGGUCAACCCUGCCGUGAAACAGGAGGAGGAGCGCAACCUUCACGAGCAGAAGCUCGCCAAGAUGGAGGCCGAGAUGAAGAUGGUCUUCCAACAGAAGGUAUCCGAGAAGGAAUCCAAGUUGAAGCUGAGCGAGGAGGAGCUGUACGCCCGCCAUCGGGAGAUGAAGGAGCAGUUGGAGCGCCAACGGCUCGAGCUCGAGGAGAAGAAGUCGAGGAUCGAGAGCGGACGGCCUCUGGAGAAGGAGCCCAAGAGGAAGGGGUUCUCUCUCCGAUAA